CAUCAAACAAUACACUUAAUUAUUCCUACUUAGAGAUGAAGAGAUCCAUUGGGUUUUUGUUUUUGGUCCUCAUUUUCCUUGCUUCUCAAGAGAUGAUGAUGCCUACAGAGGCUAGGGUUUGUGCUUCGAAAAGCCAUUACUACAAAGGACCAUGCCUCCAUAACCACAACUGUGCUAUGGUGUGCAGGAAUGAAGGUUUCUCCGGUGGCAAAUGUCACGGAUUAGGUCGCCGCUGCUUCUGUACUAAGCUUUGUUGAUUAAUCAUCAACAAAGCCUGUCUUGGUUUGUACUUGACAUGGUAGAGAGAGUACUCAACUACUGAUCAUGCAUGUUGUUUUGUGUUGGCUUUCUUUCUUUUUGU